AUGCGUUAUGCACUCACAGCAAGUCUCAUAGCUUUCAUCGGUGCCGGAGCCUUUUACUACUCCUCGCCCCAACCAAAGGCCCUUGAACUCGUCCAAAUUCCAAACACUUGGAUCGAAAACGUCGCUAUUCGUUCCAACGGCGAUCUUCUCAUGACUACAAUCGGAGAAGGGAAAGUAUAUUCUUUCACUCCGAACGGUACUCCUGCUGAACCCCAUGCUAUUUUCAAAAUCGAGGGAGUGAACUCAUUAUCUGGUAUCGUGGAGGUAGGCGAAGAUGUCUUUGCUGUCACCGGAGGCAUCUUUGAGGGAAUGUCUAAGUACGGGCCGAUUAAUGGCAUCUUGGCACUCCCACGCCAUAAACACAUCAUUCUUGCUGCUGAUGCCGAAAGGGGUGAGAUUCUGAGAAUUGAUACAACUACUGGACAUAUUGAAGUAGCUAUCAAGGACGAAGCACUCACUCCAGUUCCUGGCGGACUCUUCCCCGUUGGUGUAAACGGAAUCAAGAUUUUCAACGACUACCUGUACUUCACCAACACCGCUCAUCAGUCCUUGAACCGAGUCAAGAUUGAUGAUAUGGGAAACAAACUUGGCGAUUUCGAGGUUCUUGUCAAGCUUGAAAAGGGCUCUUCUUAUGCCCCGGAUGACUUUGCCAUGGAUCGACAUGGAAACGCGUAUGUCGUGUAUUGGCAGGACAGGGUUGUCAAAAUCACUCAAGGAGGGAAACAAACUGUUCUUGUGGAGGGACUUCUUGCCGGUCCUAGUAGUGUAACCUUCAGCAACGACGGAAAGCUUUUGUAUGUUGUUACUUCUGGACAGAACAACGAUGCUGUCUCUGGUGGACAGGUAGUAGAGGUCAAGCUGUAA